UUGCGAAAGGGACAAUAGCAAUAUCUGUAUCUUCCAGCAGCAGUACUUUGUUUCAAAAACAAGUAAGAAAAAAAAACUUGAAAAACUUUUUCCAUUUUUUUAGAAAACAUACUACCCUCUCCUUCCUUCAAGAAACGUUUCUUACGGUAGUGAAAUUGUGGUUUCCUCCUUCCUCUCUCUUUCUUCUUCAUUUCUUUUUCUAAACAAUUGAAAGAUGGCAAACGCUGCUCAAAAAAAGCUCGCUGUACAAAACAAGCGAAUCCUGAUGUUUAUGCUCGUUGCCGAUGUCACUGUCAACCUUUUGUUUAUAUUACUUCGCUUUUUUGUUCGUAGUCCUCUUUCCAAGCUUUCUAAACUCUUGUAUGUCUUUUCUGCUGGCUCUGCCGGGUUCGUUCAUUACCAACUCAACCGUGCGGCUGCUCCUAAAUACGACUCGAGAGGCGCCUUGCUGUACGUGGGUCAGGAUCUUUUGCAACACGGCGUUACUUCUUAUAUGAUUGAUUACAUGUAUUUCUCUUGGAUUAUCAUUCUCCUUUCUUCUCUUACCUCUACCAAGUUUUUUGCCCUCUAUUUAUUGGUUCCUAUCUUUGUUGGCUACAAAGCCUUCCCCUUGCUGCGUAUGGGCUUUCAACAAUUACAAAAGUUCCGAAACCAGGGUACCAAUGAUCCUGCAUCUUCUGAACAAGCUGAACCAGCUACCGCGAAUCAACCUCUUUCCAAACGCCAAGAAAAGCUUCGCAAGAAGGCAAAUAAGUUUCAGUCUGCUUAAUUUUCCAAUUUCUUAAUUCCAUUUUUACUCAUUGCUAUCAAACAUUCCAAUCUAAAUAUUGUGUAUUACUUCCUACAACGAGGCAUCCUUGCCAUUCGUUUUGCUUUUAAUUCCUUUCCUUUUCCUAAAAGCUUUUAAAAAUAAAUAUCAAAUUGACGUAAAAAAAGUUGUAUUCUAAUGUAUAUCAGUUGAAAUCA